AUAUUUUAUCUUGAACAGUUACAAUCAUUUAAUGAUGUUUUCUUCUUCAAUAUGCUUCAACCUCAUGAUAAAAAUACAAAAAUCAAUGAACCUUACGUGGAAGAUGACCUCUCAGACACCUCUGAUCAGGAUCCUUACACAAAAACCCAAAUACUUAAGAACCAACCACAUAACGCAGAUAUUAUCUAUGAUGCUCCUGCAAUGGACAAACAUCUCUGGAAGCUCAUAUCCCUACAAGCCAAAGAAAUAGACAAGUUUCUCUCUAAAAAAUAUAUUGAAACGGCUUUUAAAGACUUUAGGCCUCUCUUUUUGGACACUCUAUUUUAUACAAAUGAACUUAGAAGAGAGCAAUCACUCAAAGUUAUUUCCCCAAACUAUACUCCACCAAUUGAAAAAAAAGAACAGACAGUUGUAAGAAGCAACAUAAUUAUAAAAGAAAUAGUUUCAGAUCCACUCAUGUUAAAGGUUCAGAGGCGGCCACAAUUAUGGGGAUCACCCAAAAUUUUACAACAACCAAAACUUUAUGACCAAUUAAUAGAGAAACUCUUACCUGUUAGAAAAAGAUAUCAAUCAGAAUGGUUUUCACCUUCUUCUCUCAACAUUAUUCUUAUAAAAGCAAACAACCCCACCAUACCGGAACUACUUAACGAAAUUCAAAAAUUGUUAGAGAAACAAGUUAUAGAAGAA